CGUGGUGGCUGGUGGCUGCUGCUACCCCCUCGCACCGGGCGGCCCCCAUUCUGUCUGCUCUGCAGGACGCGGCGCCAACAACGUGUGGAAAGCCGCCAAAACGUUCGGCAGACCUCUGCUGGGCUGCCUCUUUUCUUCCCGACGGUCGCUCGCCUCGGCCGGAGCCUGCGACAAAUGGGAGGUUGCGCGAGCAAAGCCGUUAGCUCCAAGGAUGUGGUGCUGGCCGAGGUGGACAAGAAACUAAAGCGUGCCGAGUCCUUUUGUGCCGCCACGCCCAUGAAUAACUUUGUGGGUGGCUUUCGCUUCCAAGAUGAGGCCUCGAUCGAGACGAUGAAGCAGGCCCGUCACCGAGAUUCAGUAAUGUCGGAGCCUUUCGGAUUCUCAGAAUCGACCGAAUGCACAGAGCCGGGCAUGGAGGGCGGGCGGCAGGGCCCUGGCAAAACCUUCCGGAUCGUGGACAACAACUGCGGGAUGGACCCCUUCAUCGCGGUGGAUGACUUCACGGUGCACUACCCGGCCGUGUUUAUCGACCACCCCCAUCGGGGCUUCGAGAGCGCUACCUACAUUCUUCCCGAGCAGCCGGAUUGCGUCAACGAAAAUCCUAUCCUGCUGUAUUACGACAGCACGUGCGGAGACCAAGAGUUCCCGCUUGGGAAGGGCGGGCUCGUCCGCAUGAUCACCGGGUCAGGCAUCUCGCACUGUGAGGUUGUCAAGAGCAAGAACGACCGCAUGCGCGCCAUCAACAUCUGGUUCAACUACCCGAGAGAGCACCGGGUCUGCGCGCCAUACUCCAGGGUUUGCAACAUGGACACGACAGAGAUGCCUCUGCUGUGGGCGGCGGAUGGCACCCGCACCAUCGUCUUGCAGGGCGAGUGGGGCGGCUCACGCGGCCGCUGCUUCGAGGGCUGCCCAAGCCCCAUCGAGUGGAUCCACCACACCAUCCCGGCGGGCUGCUCUGUUCGCCAGCCCUUCCCGGAAGGCUGGUCUGCGCUCGUGUACGUGCUGAAUGGCGCGGGGAGCGUCGAGUUCGACGGAGAGACCUGCGAGUUGUCCACCGCCUACGACGACACAACUCCGGCAUGCGUGCGCGCUCCGGCGGCGACGUCGGCGGCAUCUGGAGGAGCAUUCGACGUCAAGGCGACGAGCGGGGAACUGGACGUGAUUUACCUGGCAUCCAAGCCGGCCGGGGACAGGACUGUUGUAUUCGACCUCGUGCCGGAUGGCUCGGGUGGCACCUUUGUCAUGUCGUCGGAGGCUGAAAUCAAGUCCUCGUUGAUCGAUUGGAUCGAGCACAAGAAUGGCUUCGAGUACCGGCACGAGUGGAACAGCACCUGGUUUAAGGAGGUGCGCGAGGAGAUGUCACGAGGAGCGAAGCCAGCGCAGGUGCGUGACGAUGCGUUCUCCUCCGACCUCUCCGAUCACGAGAAGAGCAUCAUAUUGCUGCAAAAACGUAUCGCAGACGGCGCAUGA